AGUCGAAACAACCUGAGAAGUCAUCAGAGAAACUGUAGGAAACUAGCUUAUCUAAAAUGGCUACAACUAUGAAACUAACCAUUGUACUAUGCCUGAUUGCUGUAUCAUACAUCACCUUCUCAGAAGCAUUCCCACGACAAAGUAUCAAUGAUCACCUGAUCAAAUCUUGCCUCGGAUACCAAGAGAAGAAGAGCGGAGAGGGCCAUCGUUGUAACUCUGAAGUCCUCGAUCACGUGCACGACUUCGCCGAGGGGGUGCAGGGGGCGGGGCCUGGGUACGACGGCGACCUGGUGGAGACGUUCCUCAAACAGGCCGACAACAACCAACUCUGUUACCUGGAAGGAUCCGAGCUACGCAAAGUCGUCGGGGGCUGUGCCGCCAUGGAGCUCGUGUGCGAUGCCUUUACUCCAAGGGUCGUCGAUAUGUGCACAACCCUACAGAAUGCAAUUCCUCCCCCAACUCUGCCGGCGACAACACAGCGCCCCCAAACCGCUGCACCCACGACAGGUAUGCCAGCUCCCACUGUCUAGAUCAACAUCAUUAUCAAUUCUCAAACUCCGACAUCCAACCAGUCAUCUUAUCACCAAGGUAACGGUUAUUGAUGAAAAUGCGCAGUUGGCACCACACGAGCAACAACACACGGUACAUCAGCCGAAACAACUUCAGCAGCUUGACCAUGCAGCUACUACUGUCUAGACCAACAUCCUCUUCAAUUCUCAAACUCC